CUCCGGCCGCGGUGCUCCAGGGUCCCGCGCGGCGCACCUGGACCCGAGCGAGGGCCGGGGGGGCGCGGAGCCGCGCAGCGCUCGGGGCCUCCCGCCUCCCUCCCUGCCGGAGCCACUCCAGGGCCGCACGGCGCUCGCACCCUGCAGGGGCAGCUGCGGCUUCGCGGGGACCCACUGGGCAGGAGAGGCAGACGAAGUUUUUUCUCCCUCCCCGGCUGCAAGACUCCGAUGGGCAAGAUGGUGCCCAACUGUCUGCGCGCACUCUUCGUUUUGCUGCUGCUCCUCGCCUGCCCCGAGUCGCGGGCUUCCCAGAACUGUCUCAACAAACAGCAGCUACUCUCGGCCAUCCGCCAGCUGCAGCAGCUGCUGAAGGGCCAGGAGACGCGCUUUGCUGAGGGCAUCCGCCACAUGAAGAGCCGGCUGGCCACGCUGCAGAGCUCUGUGAGCAGGGUGGCCCCGGAUGCGCCGCCAGUUUCCUGCCCUGCUCUGAAUGCCCCUCCAGAUGGCAAAAAGUUUGGAAGCAAGUACCUAGUGGAUCAUGAAGUCCAUUUUACCUGCAACCCUGGAUUCCGACUGGUUGGGCCCGGCAGCGUGGUGUGUCUUCCCAAUGGCACCUGGUCAGGGGAGGAGCCCCACUGUAGAGAUAUCAGUGAAUGCUCCAGCCAGCCUUGCCAAAAUGGUGGCACAUGCGUAGAAGGAGUCAACCAGUACAGAUGCAUUUGUCCUCCAGGAAGGACAGGGAGCCGCUGUCAGCACCAGGCCCAGACUGGUGCCCCAGAGGGCGGCGUGGCCAGCGAUUCUGCCUUCAGCCGUGCACCGCGCUGUGCGCAGGUAGAGCGGGCCCAGCACUGCAGCUGUGAGGCCGGAUUCCACCUGAGUGGCACCACCGGUGACAGCAUGUGCCAGGAUGUUAAUGAGUGCGAGCUCUAUGGGCAGGAGGGGCGCCCCCGGCUCUGCAUGCACACCUGUGUCAACACCCCAGGCUCCUACCGCUGCACCUGCCCCAGUGGAUACCGAACCCUGGCCGACGGGAAGAGCUGUGAGGAUGUCGAUGAGUGUGUGGGCCCACAGGAUGUGUGCCCACGGGGGACCACGUGCAUCAACACCGGUGGGGGCUUCCAGUGUGUCAGCCCCGAGUGCCCCGAGGGCAGCGGCAAUGUGAGCUAUGUGAAGACAUCCCCCUUCCAGUGCGAGCGAAACCCCUGCCCCAUGGACAGCAGACCCUGCCGCCACCUGCCCAAGACCAUCUCCUUCCAUUACCUGUCUCUGCCCUCCAACCUGAAGCCGCCCAUCACGCUCUUCCGCAUGGCCACAGCCUCCGCCCCGAGCCGGCCCGGGCCCAACAGUCUGCGGUUUGGGAUUGUGGGUGGGAAUAGCCGUGGCCACUUCGUGAUGCAGCGUUCAGACCGGCAGACUGGGGAGCUGAUCCUCGUCCAGAGCCUUGAGGGGCCUCAGACACUGGAGGUGGACGUUGACAUGUCAGAAUACCUGGACCGCUCCUUCCAGGCUAACCAUGUGUCUAAGGUCACCAUCUUCGUGUCCCCCUAUGACUUCUAAGUGUGCUGGUAGGGUACCGGGGUAUGGAGAUCUGGCUCAUUUUCUUCCUGGAAGACUCCACUGUGGGUACUGCCUUCGACAGCCAUCUCUCCCCUUCCACCUUGUCACUGCCCACCCUCCUAUUCACCCAGGCUUCUAGGGCAGUGCUGUAUACUGUCCCAUAAGUGGCACAGAAGGGCAGCCACAAAACCCAAAUGCUGGCAUCACAUUUUAUUUUCUGCUUUAAGGCCCUUCCUUACAUUAUGUACUAACUUGCUCAAACCUUUUUCAGGGAUGGUCAGCUUUUCAAAAUGCUGUGCAAACAGCAUGGUGAGUUUGAAAUAGCUGGGGAAGGAAAAGCUUGUAAUGUAUGUCAGGGGCUUUCAGCUCUUCUGCAGGGUUACAGCCAAGCUUGCUCUGAGUGAGGUGGUUCUGGUUAUGCUGAGGAGCCAGCCACACCUCUGCACAUGUGGUAUAGGGGGUGAGUCUCCUCUCACGACCCAACCGGGCACGCUGUCGUCUGCCUUCCCCCAUGUGACAUCCCCCCAGCCUUCUCAUCAGAGGGUCACGGAGGGCCUGUGAACUCCAUGCAGAUCCUUCUAGACCAAGGAACCAUCAUUAAACCCUGGAUUCUACCUGAGUUACUUCGCUUUUGAGAAAUCAUAUCUCAGCUACAUAUCUGGUAUUAUAACUGAAGAAAUAAAGUCUGUUGCUCCUCCCUGCCCACCUGACUUCUCCCUGAGCAUGAGACAGCCCAGUUCCUUCUAGGAGGUGAUAGCCGGCUCUCUUCCUGCCUGGGUUGCAUACACUGGAAUAAAUAAAUAAGACAGAAAACACAGAGGUGACGUUUGGGAUUGUUCCACCAAUACAAAUUUGUCUUGGCCACGUAGGAGAUUGGUAAGGACAUCUGGCUGUGGAGAGUUUGGGAAAAUGCUCAAAUUGUCAUUGAUUCUAUGGCCUUCUACUUCCUAUGGAAGAAUCAUGGGGUAAUGUUCUCCAGAUAGACUGAAGAAAAAAAUAUAGACCAGGGCUGAGAGUGGGCUGAGGGUGGAGUGGGGUGAGGGAGCCUGUUACAGUUAAAACUUAAGAGCUGAUAGCUGAGCUGUGAGGAAGUUUCUUCAUUUGUUCGUUUAUUCAUCCUCCCUUUCCUCCCUCCUUCCCUCCCUCUCUCUCCUUCCUUCCUUCCUUUUCUUCCCUUAAGUUUUGGAGGGAAGAAGUUUCAAUAUCCAAAUACAUGUGACUCUAUUGGUGGGAUUUCAUCACACAUUUUUUAUUUAAAAAUUAUUGGGCCCUAGUCUGAGAUGGAACUAGAGGAAGUGUGUCGCAUGUUCAAUCAUCAAGCCCAUAUCUACAUGGUUUCUAGGAUGAUGUAUCCUUGCCCUAUUUUUGAACAAAGAAUGAAGCAUGGUCAAGAGUUGUUUUUGAAAAUUUUUUUCUUGUCCCAAGGGCUCAGCUGCAAUCUCUAAUAACUGAACAGGUGCCUGCAGACUGCUUUUCUGAGUUAUUACAAGACUUCAUUAAAAUAUGAUCCACAGCCUUAUGUUUCCAAAUGUUGCUAUGCCGGGUCAGACACCUACAUGCCAUACGGUCCCAUGUGUGGAACCAGGUGGAAGAGUCCAGGGGCCUGGCCAGGUUCCUGGGUGAGAAGUCACAGCUGUGGGCUCUUUCUGCUGGGGAUGGGGUGGUUCAGAGGGACAAGGCUUUCACUUCCCAGCUGGUGAGGAGUGAUGUGAGAGUCUAUAGAGCAGGUGCCCUAAACUAGCAUUUGAUGAUGACUUUGAUGCCAAACAGGCUCCAUCUAAAGCAACAGUUUUCAUCACCAAGCGAUGCCAUUGUCAAACCUGCGCCCUACUGAUGAAAUCACAUGCUGAGCCCAGUUCCCACGGGCCCAAAUGUGAAGGCCUGACUGCUGAGGGCCCUCCCCCUGCUGGGUAAUGUCUUGUUCUCUGUGCCGUCUCCUCACUUUCUCCUGUAGAAACCAACUUCUCCUUUCCCCUUCCGUAGCUCCCACCUGCACUAGGUCAGAGUAGCUGGUAGUUACCAGGCAUUAAUUUGUAUCCUAGGUAGUAAAGUUGCAUAUUAUCUAGGGAGGCAUUAAAACUUUGUAUUAUGCAAAGUUGCAAACAUACAAAAGUGGAGGGAAUAGUAUAAUGAACCCCAUGUCUGAAUCACCAACUUCAACAAUUAAUCCAUAGGGCAAUCUUGUUUCAUUUACCUCUACCCCACAUCCUGAUGAUUUUGAAGUAAAUCUCGGAUACCACAUCAUUUGUCUGUAACUCUUACAGUAUAAUGCCUUUCAUGUCUAAAAAAUUAACAGUAAUUCUUUACUACUAUUGACACAUUCAGUCAUUGUUCAACUUUCUCUGAGUGACUCAUGACUUUUUGUUGGCUUUAAUUAAGUCAUUUAUUGAUGUGUCUCUUAAGUCUUUUUUGAUCUGUUGCAGAGUGUCUCAAACUUCAGCAUAUAUUGGAAUAAUCUGGAGGUUUGUUAGAAGACAGAAUAUCGUGUAGUUUAUGCUAUAAAAUUUCUCACAGUCUAGCUUUUACUAAGUGCAUCUUUUUGGUGUCUCUUAACGUGUUCCUGCAGAUUUAAUCAGAUGCAAGUUAGAUCUUCUUUGGCAGGACUACUUCAUUGGUGUUGAUAAGUACUUCCCGUAGAAGGCAGUACCGGUCACCUCUUUCUCCUGAUGUUAGCAGCUACUGCUGAUUAUUGCAUAGACAGAUCUAUUAUUCCUUUAGGGGUUUUAGUUAAUAUUUUAGUGCUAUUUUUUCUUUAUUGGUUUUACCUUAUAAAGAGAAACAUCUGCUGAUCACUUAUUUUGUUACCUGUCACAGCCCCUGUCGUCCUGUCAUUGUCACCGCACAAAGGAAACAGGCAGCACAUGGAUUGAAGUACAAGCUUGCAAGAGGUGGGCUAAACAGAGGGGCGCGGUAGCCCCUAGCAACCUCUGCAGUAGUUAUUUAUUGAGACACAUAACAGGUGAGGGGAGUUUCAUUGGAUAAUGACUGCAUGCUUAAGGAUUGGCCCAGGCUUGGGCUCUCUCCCUGAGACUCCAGAGGAUGUUUAGGAUUUAACACCUGCACCUGCGGAUGACUUACCUGAGGGUUUCCCAAGCUGCAAGACAUCUCGCCCAGGGUCCGUCCUGCCCUCUGUGUCUCCCACAGUUACCCUCAUAUUUGGUUUGUCUAUGAAAGGUAGGACAAAUUCUUGACUUCCUUUCUCUAUAUUUUCCACUUUUUAAAAUGAGGUGGUUCCCUGGCAUA